AUGGUGAAUAGCGAGUGUCCUGCGCGGUUCAAGACCACCACUGUCAGGGCCUUCGUUGUACCCCCAGCCUUUGCACCGCCGACAAUGCCGAUUCCUCCUCGUGUUGAAGCAGGAACUCAGACGGAAGAACCUACAGUUGAAGAAAUGGAAAUCCAGACACCGGCUGUAGCUCCCAUUUUGCAUAAGGAAAUGGUAACACAAACAGAGGAGUUUCCAGUUAAGAAAGACAUGGAAAUCCAGACCUGCAAAGCAAAACUCAAAUCCGUCGCCUCUGGAAGUGAAUUCCGCUCCGUAGGAGAACAAGGAAUUAACAAGCUCCUAAUGACCUAUGAUGAAUUCAAUGCCUUCAUACAUAGAGCUCUCGCCGACAAACACUACAUUUUUAAUGAACGACUGUUUACAGAGAUUUUCCAAGAAGCCCUCAACUUUGAGAUCUCCCUCCCAGAUGAUUUCCUCAAAUCAGAAUUUCGAUUCAGAACUCCUCAAAGUUUUCAGAGUGAGUGGUUCCGGGAAACUCAGGAGGAGGAGGCGGAGGAGGAGGAGGAGGAGGAGGAAGAGGAGGAGGAGGAGGAGGCGGAGGAAGAGGAGGAGGCGGAGGAGGAGGAGGCGGAGGAGGAGGAGAAAGUGGUUGAUAAUUUGGAAGCGAAUACAUAA